GAUUCGCAGUCCCUGUCUUGCCAUCUUGACGAUGUUGUCGCUGAUCAAACGAAGGCGCGGAUUCCGUGAAAAAUCAGUGCAGAAUGAAACAGAUACUUUGAACGUAAAAUGGGCCAGGUUUGGAACGCUCACGAGUGCUUUAUCGUACGUGGGUGACUUACGUGGCUUGUUUUUGUGAUACGACCGCGUUUCUGAACGUUUUCUGAGCGUUUCUGAGGGUGUUUCUUAAGCUCUGGAUCAUUGCUGCCAUUACAUAGAAUUACAGUAACGUGCUCAACGUCAUGCAGCAGCCCACACGGGGGCGUGAUAACCCGAAUGUGCAAAUCGCGCAAGAGAGGAGUGUAAGGUACCUUGGAUCUUGGAGCUAAUAACCCAACAAAAUAAUGAGCAAAAUUGGAUUAUGGUUAAAUAGAGUUUCGUCUACACUUGUACGCCGUGUGCGCUUUCUAAUUUAAGGCAGUGAAAAAGAAAUAUGCAUAAUUUCUAAGGCUAUGGAUACUCGGAAUGCUCAAAAGGCUCGCUCCUACAAAGGAUUACUUUUCUUGAUCGAGUCGUGUUUGUGCCAGUAGUGCGGUAGCUUUAUGUGUGUGUUUGUUUACAAACCACGGAACAGUGCUAGUCAGGGAUAGCGGCCUCAUCGGGUGUCAGGCCCGGCGCCAGAUGCCAUGGCCGCGGGGACCACUGCCGGAGCUCGGAGUACGAAUCGCCGAUGGACCGUGGCCACGGGGCCCGGUACUCUUCAUCUUUUGGCCACGGGAAACCGCUCAUCGGGAGGGUUGGGUCACUCGUUUCCAGCCGGCGUUCCGGCUGGUCCCGUCGGCGGCGGCUGGCCGGCCGCGUCCACCUCCGGCCAUGCGCUCGCCGACAGGGACUCCGCGCCUGUUGCGCAGAUCCCGCCUAAGUCCUCUAUUUCGGAUAUCAUCAUCAAAGGCGACAACAAUAACAAUAAUAGUAGUUCCAAUAAGCAUAGUUAUGCCAACAGCAGCAAACAGCGGCAACAGCAGGAGACGGGACAACAUCUUUCACGGCCAGAAAGUCCCUUAGGCCCGUUGCGUUUACAGAACCGCAACAGCAGCGCCAAUCAUUACUCUGGGCCUGCCUUUGUUGGGAACGGCCAUCAUCAUUGCAACCAUCAUCAGAAGAACAUUAGCAUUGACGAUAAUAUCAAUCAUCACAAUCGGUCGAACAACCGCCACGGACGCACAAGGAGGCCUCGCAGCCAACAAGAAGUCUCAUCAGGUUCUUCAGGAAUUCAUUUGGCAGCUAGUUCUGGUGUUGGCAAAAGGCACGGGUCGUGUGACCACCUGACUAACGUCUUGCUUACUUCUCCAUCGCCACGCAUAAACCAAGGCCGUAAUCCUGCUUCUGUAGAACGGCGUUGUAGUGGUGGUGACGGCUGUGGGAGCAAAAACGCUGCCGCUGUUGUAGGAUCUGCAGGACAGUGGCACGCGGCAGAUAAAGUCGCCUCUGGUGGAGUGGAUGUUAGUCCUGGAACGACUGGCUGUCGACAAAAUCGAGUUGGCCACGAAAGAAGUAACGUCCAACAAAAGGAGCAACAGGUGGACGAACAGUUUGCUCCUCGACGUCGGGGCGGUCACGUCCAAACGACGAGACGGGCUGCCUCAUUUGAUCGAUCCAGUGCGCUUGCAGCAAUACAACAGCCACAGCAACAGAUCUGGGAACCACAACGGGUUGGUGUGUUCCACCAACCGGACGCAUCGCAAAGAGUUUCGCGACGACGAAGCGCGUACGGUCUUAGGUCGGGCUCAAGCCUUCUACAGAGGACCGAAAGGCAACAAAAGCAAAGUCAGCCGAACAGGUUGUGUAUGGAAGUGCCAACAGCACAUUGUGCUCCCUGUGCACCUAAGCGUGAGAGCUUACGAGUACGGCUGGUCACACUGGACGCUGCAACUUCUUUGGGUCCCUCCGCUAUCCCAGUAAGCCAAGGCCCAGUACCGUUUUCGACUAUGACCGUCACGUUAUCCGAUCCUCCGCCGCCUGCAGCCCAAACGGGCGAACUCCAGAGAGAACAACGCCAGUCUCCGAACCAGGUAGGCCAAACAGGUGAGACUCUACGACCACUCCAGGCUCGUCAACAUGCUCAGCUCGACCAUGAAACGGUUGCGCUGCAAUCUUCGCAGCUAUUACGCGUGCGAGCAGCGGAAUUCUACCGCGUCAACGGUCUGGCUGGCGCUGAACACCCCACAGGAGUGGGCACCCACUCGCGCCUCUUCAAGUCAGGCUCGAUGUCUCACCUCAACAACAAUAACAAUUCCCCGAACAUCAGCAGCGGCAACAAUAACAACAACAACAAAAUCGGCAACAUAAGCAGCAAUAGUGUUCCUAUAACAAACAACAACUCUGUGCAGCACAAUAAUAACCCACAACAGGCACAGUUACAGCAACAGCAGCCCAUGCACGGAAAGUUGGGCCAACCAGCCAGUAAUCAAACGGCCGGCGCCUCGUUUGGACAUCCGGACUUCAGGGCAUCUUACGGAAUGGGUCACCACCAACGACGAGCAACGAUAGGGACUGCUGGUGGUGCACUAACAGGCUCUCUGGGUCCGACGCACAGUCCGCAUUACCACUCACAAUUGACCGGCAGUAGGGGCGAAAGCCGCAAUGAACCCGCUCCGGAGCGGCCACAGAGAACUCAUUCGGAGCGUCAGCCUGCUAAGCCUAUGGCUAUGCCGCUGCUCGAGCGAAAACGCCAACACCAGCAACAAGCAUCGCAAGCACACGCACAUCUUCCGCUGUCCACACAGGCAGCAAAUGGGCACCACCAUGUUGGCCAUGGAAGCCAUGCAGGACACCAUCGAAUCAGCGGCCUGCACCGAAGCAACUCGAGUCUAGAUCUCGAACAGCAUUUUCACACGAUAAGCGGGAACACAGGGGCUGUAGUUACUGGAACUGGAAGCGGUGGGAGUUUAGUUGGCGGCAACAGUCAAGCAGCAGGCGGGAUGGUGGCGCAACGUAAGAGUCGAAUUUCGCCUUCAACGUCCGAGAAAAAUGUCAACCUAUCCCUCGAAGAGUACGCGUUAGGUAUGGGUACAACUGCUGGAACAACGACGACGGGCGGCCGACGAAGGGACUAUGGCAGUGCGUCCUCGUUGGACGUGCUAGGCACAACCGGUGAUAGCUUUUUCGCCAUGCUGCGUGAGUACCGGGGCUCACAUGGUCUGAACGGACCGGGGGUAGCGGCGGCAGAUUCCGUUGGAAAACGUGCCUGCGCUGUGCCAGCUAUCCCUCUUGAUCAACGGAGCGCUGGCCCGGCCAAAAUUCAGGAGUAUCUUCGAGGAAAACUUACUGGAUCGGCUGCGCUCGCGGCGACCGCCAACUUGCACGCCGCUCCGGGAGUGACUGUAGUCAACUUGGAGCACCAUGGGUCAAGUGGCGCACCGGAGUCUCAAAACCCAACUACCGCAGGCCCUUUGGACCCUCACUUGCCGGUUGCGGAUAGUCCGAAGCUCCGCAGCAAGUUCCAGAGGCUGCUACUGAGCACCGGCGACAAACAUACUAAAUCAAAGGAUAAAUCAAAAGAUAGCGGCGGAAGCUAUUCGAUGUCUACGCCGUCGGGGGGUUCCGAGCCAUCCGGUGCUCCGCCUGGAAAUGCCCCCGGAGCAGGAUCAGCCAGCUCGAAAAAGAAGCUCGUCAAGGCGGCGAAGAGUGAGGACUGGUCGAAUCGGGAAGAUGAAACCGCAGCUGGUGGCGCACCUGGUUCUGCCCAACAGGGCUGCAGUGGAGCCCAAUCUGCAGCUCUGGAUAGUGCACGCCUUGAAGACAGAUUACGGAAAAAGCUAUUUGCCCAUUACGACUGUCAGAGCCUUACGGCAAACUUGACGUUGGCGUCACGCUUGCGAAACGUAUUAGCUAAACGUCGAAAUACCACAACAGGCGCGAGUGCAGCGAGUCAGUUGGGAGAUAACUGCGAAGGCAGAGACGGUGACGCAGGCGAUGGACGAUUCAACGAGCUCGUCCAAAGCUGUCCGUUCUUCCGAAACGAACUUGGCGGCGAAGAGGAACGCCAACUAGCUCUAAAUCGUUUCACCGCUAAUCGGCACAAGAGUCUUCAAAUGACCGAUCGAGAUUACCGAGCAUCUGCUCACAUUGAGGCUCCCUACAAGACCUCCACCCUCAGACAGGUUCUCAGCAAUAAUAGCAGUCUCAGUUCUUCAGCUGAUAGCGGUGCGGGCGGAUCAAGUGCAGCUUCAACGUCACUACCGCUAUCAUCAUGCACGCAAAUGGUACAUAAGCCAAUGUCGGCAUGCGGCCUGUCGGUGUUAGAAAGCAGCGGUGGGGCAGCCAAAUGGAAGUUUCGUCCCUGUCCUUACGAAGUACCGUCGUCAAUUAUUGAGGGCGUAGAUCAUGGCGCGACGUUUUAUCGGACGUUUUUUGAGAACGAAGAUCACCAAAACUGGCUAGGUAUUGAUGAGGAGCUUGGACCGAUCGCGAUAUCGAUCAAGAAGGAACGUGUGGGCUCGACUCCGCUGCCCACUGCCUUGACGAGCGAAGGUGGCCGACCUCAGGACCACGCAAACCACCAUCACCACAACAGCUAUAGACUAAUCAUCCGAACAUCUGGGCUAAACGAUCUUCGAGGCACGAUCCUCGAAGACGCCAUUCCUGGUCUUUGGUCCGGCUCCUCAUCGGGAUCGUCUUCACGGAAAGGCCGAGAAGGUGCCACUCUGGCCAGAGAGGUCAUUGAGUUUGUGGCGCCCGAAAUUCAGCUUUCAUGUCUUCGCUUAGCAAUGCCAGCCGUCGAGCAGCAACUCUUAAAGCUCGACGAGCAAAAACUAAACAACACAUACAAGGUUGGCGUCCUGUAUUGCAAAGCUAGCCAAAGCACCGAGGAGGAGAUGUACAACAAUGAGAUUGCUGGCCCCGCCUUUGAUGAGUUCCUGGAUGUCCUGGGUCGCAAGAUCAAUUUGAAGGACUUUGCCGGAUAUAAAGGCGGGCUCGACUGUAAAACCGACACGACGGGAACACAGUCCGUAUAUAAUACGUUCGAAGACUGCGAGGUAAUGUUCCAUGUUAGUACAUUGUUGCCGUAUACACCAGCGAACCGACAGCAAAUUCUUCGUAAACGGCACAUUGGGAACGACAUUGUUACGAUCGUCUUCCAGGAACCUGGUUCGCUACCAUUCACCCCGAAGAAUAUUCGCUCACGAUUCCAGCACGUGUUUAUCGUCGUUCGCGCACAGAACCCGUGCACCGAACACACUCGUUACAAGGUGGCAAUCACUCGUUCGAGAGACAUCGUCGCAUUUGGGCCUCCACUGCCGGAGGGAGCCACCUUUGAGCGUGAUAUCAAAUUCACCAACUGGUUACUCGCCAAGGUCAUCAACGCUGAGAACGCGGCUCAUCGGUCGCACAAGUUCGCGACGAUGGCCCAACGGACCCGGCAGGAAUGUAUCCGUGAUCUGGCGACCCACUCUGUGCUGCAGACAUCUCUAACUGAAGGUUCGAACGGUCGAUUUUCACUUCUCAACUCGUUUGGUGGUCGAAGUUCGAAGAAGGACAAGACCAGCCACAUGAUAGCGCAACGCCUUAGCCAACUCAAUCAUGGCGGUUGUUACGUGCCGGACCGCUGUGUACGUGAAGCGAUCAGUUGGCAGGUGCAGGUCGAAGACUGUGGGGCUGGGGGCGUUCUUAUUGACGCACAUUUGGCAAUUUCCGCUGAAAGUAUCGCGGUCGUUGAGGCAAGUACGGGGCAGGUGGUGUUCGGAGCGCCGACCUCCACCGUUCUUGGCUUCUCAUCGGCGCCGGGAACCGUGCGUAUCUUCUACCAUCAGGGCGAGAGUCUACUGGUAAAGGUGAGAGACCGUGAUCUGCCGCCAACAGUGAUCACUAGCAGCAGCAGCAGCGGCGGGGGCGGUAGUAGUAGUGUGGGUAGGAUGGCUGGUGGUGCGUGGGAAUUGGAUGAAAUUCGGGAAAUUUGCAGUCGACUUGAAGAUGUGUCGGGAGCGAGAGAAACUGUUAAACUCGUUAUUGAGCGGAACGCUCAUGGACAGCUCGGUUUUCACGUCAACUAUGAGGGCAUUGUACAAGAGGUUGAAAAGAAUGGAAAUGCGUACGCCGCUGGGCUUCGCCCGGGUGCGCGGCUUGUAGAAGCAUGUCACAUAGCAGUGGCUACCCUCACCUAUGAUCAGCUUGUCGAUGUGCUGAAAACCUCUACUGUGGUUACUGUGACCAUAGUAUUGCCCUACACGCAACGAGACAGUAAUCAGUAUAACAUUGCGAGGCGAGGAUGCGGCCAACACAAUUGUUCGUAUCUUGAGCAAACAGUCGGUGAAUACGAAAGCAGAAUGGCGUUUCAGCAACGAAGUGUAUCGGAGAACGCAUUUUCAGCCGUUAUGAGAUACCAACAGACACCGCCGCCUCUACCGCUCCGCUCAAACAGUGCCAAUCUUGUUGGUGGUACCCGAUGCGAGCAGUCAUCAGUUGCCGCGGGCCUACUAAACGCCUCGAGCGGAUCAGCCCCUUUGCCGACUGGCUCGGGCGUCGGCGGCCACGAUCAAACGAAGCCGAUUGCCACAUCGACCGCGAGUCUUGGACAGUUAGGGGGGGGCGGCCAGAUGCUGGCCGCCCCCGGACAUCAGCUCAACUAUCCAAUCCGGAUGUCGGCAUCUGCCCAGCAGAUCUGGCCGACGAACAACGCGACUUCUGUACAUGAGAUGGUGACAGCGGUACACCCGACCCCUGCCCACUCGCAGUCAUCUUCGACCGAGGGCAAAUCUAGCCCCUUGGAGCGCCGCACGACCCUUGCCACAGUGAACGCGCACAGUUUUCAGCAACAGCAGCAUUCAUUCUUGAAUCCGGCGGCGGAACCGCAGGUGGCUCCUUGUGGCUUAAGCUUAUCGGGCCAGUCAGCAGUAUCUUGCGGGGAGGACGAACGACAAAGUCCGUGUAGCAGCGUUGGAGGCGCGUCCAGCGGAGCGUCGUCACGUCUUGGCGGUUGCAUCAACAUUGUUACCGUACCUGCGUCUCCGGCGAAGGUCCAGCUUCGUUCGCAUCACGGCCAGUCGCACGUCAGCGGGCCUAGUUCGCAGCACAGCAUUUCACCAGUCUCGCAGGUUUCGCACAUGGCCGACGGUUCGUCAUCGGCCAGCAACAGCAACUGCAAUACGCUAGACAAAGAAUGGCGACGCCUAUCCAUUGAGGCAUUGACAGGAGGCAAUGGCAGUGGGGGGCUUGAUCGCGAUAGUCUUGACAACAGCAAAGAGCUUCAGCAAUUGCAGCAGGGUUUAAUGGGCUCCCACCACCACCAUCACCACCACCACCACCAUCACGACAACGACGUUGCAACGAUGGCUACCGCUAGUGGCAUAGGGCACGAGGCGGGUUCUCGAGGUGGCAUAAGCGGCAGCAGCGUUGGUGCUAUAGGCUGUGGUAGUGGGCCGAUGCACGCUACCAGUUUACAUGCAUUGCACGGAAUGCACGCCGGCUCGGGUCGCCUUAGCCAGGCAUCAAGUUAUGCGCCGUCGCUGCACUCAGCGCAGUCGACGCAUUCGAGCAUGAGCCGAGGGUCUGGCGACAGGGAUCGAAUUAGCCAACCGACACAGAGUGAAGAUCCUCACGAACUCGCCCUGAAGGUGGCGGAGCUGACAAACCAUUUGGCACAGGAGCAAUGCGAAAAGGCCAUGUUGGAACGUCAAUUGCGCGAAAUUCAGGAAGAGAACGAUCGGCUGAAGCGCGAAAAGAACGAUGCGCAAAGUCAACUGAAAAAAAUCACGUCGUGGUGGCAUUCCGGUCAGCCGCCCCAGCAGCACCCCUGAGUAGACUAGUCCGGUUGAUCCCGACCACGAUAACUGGGCAUGACAGCAGCUGCAGCAACAACAAUCACAGCAACUGAACGGCAACAAAGCCCAGAAAAGGAGCAUACAUGUGACAAUGCCGAUGUCGCCGCACAUGUAUUGCAUCGGUAUACAUAGCAGAGCAUGCCCCACAGCGAUCCAAUGGAGUAUACAGUAACAACCGGAAGUACAAAUAUUAACUUCGACACGGCGACGCGGUAACCACUUGAUCUUUGUGUGUGUUGUCUCAUGGGUAAUCAAGCAUCUAUCUACAAACGUUUUCACCAAACACCAACGGCGGGAUCACGGAUUGAUAGGACGAUAAACGAAGCGGCCCAAGCUUGUAUAUGUGCCUGCCUGAAAUCGUCAGUGUUGGACGCUGUAUGCAUUGGCUAGACCUUACCAGCCGUGCAUGAGUGUAACGACACGUAAGGGAGAAGUAUAGUACAGGGCCCUAAACUUAAAAUUGAACUGAUCUAAAAAGUACUUCUAAAAGAAGCAGAGUACAUUUUCCGUACCAUAGUCCGCACAACAAGUGUACCUCUACCCUGUGUUCUUACUGAAACAAAAAUCCACAUAGGCAGUCUCCUCGGCACGCUUCUUUGCCCUGACCAUCUGAACACUGGCAUUAUAACAUGUACAGGCGAAUUCCAACACGUUAACGAUACAGAACACGAAACGGUGAUACUAGCAUUGAAACAUUAUAUAUAUAUAUAUAUAUUGGUCCGCUGCCAGAGCUGCAGACUGCCACCGAAGCUGUGCAUCAUAUCCGUGACGAUCCCAAUGGGCAGUUUGGAGAAGCGGUGGAUAAUUGAUGAACGGAAAGGUUUACAUAAAUUUAAACGUUAACCUAUUUUUAGAAACGUUUACGUCCAUUGUGAUUCGCUGGCCUUUAUUGUUGACGCCGUAGAGAUGUCUGUGACAGAUGUUUGCAUCGAAUUGCGGAACGUAAUAGAUUGACGAAACGAAAAGAUCUAAACAUUUAGGUGUAUUACACGUUCCCAACGAGGAAAAUGAAUAAACACCAUUUUCAGUAAGUACUGGGACAUCUUUCGAUCCACACGCUCGUCCAGACAGUGAAGUUGUCGUGAUUGAUCCAAAUCAUUAUUAAUACUAUUGUACAUAUCGUAAUUGAAUUAAAAACGUGUAGAAACAUGUAUUGGCUAGAUACACAACCAGGCUAAACUAACGGAUUUCCAUUCGCUGUAAAAUGUUAGUAAAUACACAAUGUUGAUGCUAUAGAUUAAGAUAAUAGUGUUAACCUGUGCAACAUAGUGUGAUUGCAAAUUUUCCCCGUUUCCCGUCACAGAUUGUUGUUGCUCCGCUGAUGCUUUCUGCACGAUGUAAUAGUAAAUAGGCAAUCGAAUCCUAAUGAGGUUCCUCACACGUUUUUCCGUAACACUUUCUCUCGGCGUUGAAAAUAGUAAUCAUAACAGUAGCAAACAAGCCGAUUUGACAGCGAGAGCACGUGGCUAGAGAUCUAUCGCAUCGCGACCGUCCAGCCAGUGUUAGCAAAAACGAUACAUUCUUUGGGAGUAUUUCUUCAACCAGAUCCUAUCCAGAGAAGCUGUUAUCUGUUAUUGUAUAUCAUUUAAACGUAGGGUGCCAAUAGGAGCGGCACUUGUGCGAUCGUAAAUGGAUGACGUAUGGUACCCGACAUACCUUUUAUAAGGUAAAACUGUCGCAAAGUUGCGUGCAGUUCUGGUCAAUAGUGUACAGCUUUGUGGAAUUGUCUACGGAUACAAACAAUAGAUGACAGCUUGUUUUUUUUUUUGCUUUAAACGUGGCAAGGUAACACGACGUAUCAUGCUUUUGAAAUACUUCGUUAAUCCGUUUCCUCCGUUAGAGUGCGCAUAUAAACAAAAGCGCAACAACACAAUAACUAAAAUGCUACGAUGUCAAAUCGUAAUGGUCGUUUGUUUCUCCUGAUUGCAGCUGACGGAAACUGGUCACGGCUGUGAUGUUUGCCACCUAUAAAAGUUCAUACUGUUGUUUUUCUUGUCGGCGAGCAAUGGCGUGUGUCAUCUAGUGGCAAUGCGACAACGUCUACUAUGAAGCGAAUUGGCCUAGUUAAUCGAUGGCCUAGUUAGAAGAUCUUCUAUUGGGUGAAUAAUAUCGAGCGGCGGAUGGGGCGUGAUCGUAGAAUGUGUUCGUUGUUUAACGAAAUGUAUAUGGUGACAUACGAGUGAAGGGGGGUACAAUGUAUCGAUAGCCAUUAACGACGAUUCGAUCCUGCUAUAGUAGGUUGUUGCUGUGGAUGUUUGUUGUUACACGAGGUCUUAGAAGGUCGUAAUGGUGUUGACAUUAAGAAAAUACUAAGUAAACGUACACGUAACUAUAGUGUGAAAACACGUGUACACUGUACAUGUCUGUAACGUUCUAUAUAUAAACUUAGACACUAUUAUAUGCCACGACUAAAUGUUGACUAUCUAGUAUAUAUUAGGUUUUAUGAUUAAUAAUGUCAUUACUAUUUUUACUGUACUAUGAUGUUGUACAAAGCACCGUUGAUAGGGACGAGCACUCGCCAACGCGAAGUUACCGCGGCUCCCCGCGUGAUUCUUUUGAGCUCGUCCUCAACAAAACGUGACUCUAAACCAUGAUGAAAUCACCCUUCAACACCGAAUACCGAAAAACGUGUCACCUUAGCCCAAGACGACCGCGAUAACCACCAGAAAGAGGUGCACCAAAAUGCCCUGUAGUGAGUGGAUGACCGUCAAAUUGUAUAUGCAAUGUACGUUACCUGGAUCAACAGAGGACCUGUCGGUAUAUGAAUCUAUAUAAGCGUAGACAAAAGAUGAUGGCGCUCAUUGAUCGGCGUGUAUCAUUUACCAAAAGGGACUAGAACAACUGUUUUAGUUUACCAUUAACGACAAAAUUGUUCACGUAACCCUCCUGUAGCUUCGUUCAUUGUGAUGUUGUGGCUUUUAAUUACUUAAUUAUAGCACUAUAUGUAUAUAUAUGUAACGGAUGAGGUGGUAUGUUCACGGUACAAAGGUGCUAGGUAGAUUGCCUUUGUCAAUGCCCCCUUUUCACUUUUUGUCGUCGUGAUCGCAUCGAUGAGACGAAACUGCGAUGGGGCCAACAACGUCAACUUGAAAUGAAAUUAUAUAUCUCGUGUUGCGAGCGCAUAUGAGUGAGAAGUCGUUGAAAACAAUAAUAACAAUGGUAAUAGUCGAUAAUAUUGCUACUGGUAUAAUAACUAUUAGUGGGAGAUUUCGUAAUCUCCUUAAUGUUAAAUUAUUGUUUUAUAAAUACGUAACUAUUGAACGUCUUCACGUUUGAACUACGCCUCUUGACGUCAGUAAUCGAUGAGUAACAAAUGACUGCUUCAAACUACAUAGAUAUAUAAUAUCUUGAAUCAUCCGUCUUCGUGUAGACCUUUCCUUGUUGCCGCACGGAGAAGCAGUAGCGGAGAAAAGAGUAUUGAUCCUCUGAGAAACGUGGAACUUUCCAUAUCGAUUGUACGUGGAAUUCCUGCCACGUAGAAGUUAGCGUUUCUCCAUUUCUAUCAUCAUCAUCAUCAUUGUUAUUAUAAUGACGUUCGCAGCAGCAAUGUUUGUACGAUUAUUAAGCGUAGUAUAUAUAUAUAUAUAUAUAUGAGGAACUCGUAUGUAAUCAAAAACUAUUAUUAGUACGUGCAACUAUUAUAUACAAUUGUGUAACUUGUAUAUUUUACUAUGCCUAUCAAGAGCAAGCAUAGCCACAUUAACAUACACGCAUUGCUUGUCUCUACAAUGCACCCGUGUCAGUGCCCACAUGUAUAUAUAUUAUAUAUACAUAUAAUAUAUAUAUAAACUCAUAGACAUUAGCUACAUAUAAAUUCAUGUUUCCGUCAGCCACCUGUCACCAGCACAACGUUUCGUCCAGUUCACCAGUGUCUCUCUUGGUUAAUUGAAACCAAGAGAGACUUUCUCCUUAUUCGAUUUACCGAACCCCUGAAAACGACAGCGCCUAGCGUGGCAAAAAAAAAAGCGCUGGAGAAAUUUGCAAAAAAAUGUGUAGCAUUACAUUCGAAAAUAGAGUUCGUUCCUGCAGUGAUAGGACGAAGAAGUUGGUGGAUAUCACUCUAGGCCAGCGUGCGAACGUACGACCCAUUGAGCCGUCCUGCUGCUAUACAACAGUGCUAUGCAACCUGCUGCUAUGCUACAGUAACUGUAUAAUGAUAUCCCUGAGGCUCACAUCUAGCAUGCGUGGAUAUUUGUGAAACAAACUGUAACCGUCAAACUAAAUAAAUAAAAAAAAAAAUCAAUUCACUUCAUUCUAUUCAAACGUAUCCUUCUCGUCUACAAUAUGCCAUGGCAACGCAUGGACGACCGUACAACAAAAUAUACAUCGUAUUGGGGCAUAAUUGUACGCCUUUUUGCUGUUCGUGAUACAAUAUUCGGAUGCAACUGUAGUUGUUGUUCCGUUACCGAUAGUCUUUUCCGCCAUAACUAGCCUUAAUGCAACAAGGAUUGUAUCCAUCGGUAUACUUUUUCGGCCGCCCAAUGAUAGUAACUCGGCAAAACACAGAAGUGACGAGCAGGUUCGUUGGCCAUGUGACGUUCAGGAUGAACUUGCUACUGGGAACGAGGCAAAGCAAACGCUGGUCACUUUUUAUGGCCUGCAUACCUAUGCUACGUUCCUUAUUGGACCCUCAUACGAAAUUCUUAGCGUAUGUAUGUUUCGGCACGAGUCUAUAUCGUUACUAAUCUCUAUUAGAAGACGGUCCUCCUUCGUAUCAUCAUAGUUUGGUGUGGGUAGUCCAUGUGGAGUUAGAUGCAAAUUCUCUUUUGGUUGUUGGCAAGCCACUUGCUAGGAAACACAUGUUUACCACGUAUACAGAUAUGCACAAACCCAUAGAGAAGCAAAGAUAUUACCGAUAAUCCACAAAAAUGGCAACAGCUGGAACGGAAGGAGACUGCAAACAAAUACACUGUCACGCGAUUCAGCCAGUACAAGGUAUACAAAUUAUAAUUGUAGUAGUGUCAAAGACAUAUAUAUAUAUAUAUAUAAUAUAAAAAUAAUGUUACUAUAUUAAGAUAACAAGGGUGUGACGACGGUGACAAAUCGAUGGGAGGAAGACGAAAAUAAUCUUAAUAACUAAUUUUAAUUAUUAAAUUUUUACUGAAGUGAGGUGAGAUGAUUAUAUUAUCAGAAAGGUAUAUAUACAUAGAUGUAAUAAGUAUAUAUAAAACUGUAUUAAUUACAUAUGAUGAUGUACAGAGAAAAGAAAGACAAGACUGUCAAAAAGUGUGUAUCACCAUAUCAUAACACAAAAUAGAUAUAUAUGAUGUGAAAAUGAGGCACAAAACCACGUGUAGCGCAGAAAACUGCUGCCCAUGGACAAGACGUAGUCUCUUGGGCACCAAGCCAGAGCUAGAAAGGCUGAAAGAGCGAGCAACCGUAGUGUGAAAGUAGGAGUCAAGCGGAAACAGACAGACGAUUAAUUACGCUUUUUUGGGGAAAAAAUACAACGAAAAACAAAGAAGCUGUCCCGGCCAGAAAACGUGAGAUAGGUAGACCCGGGUUUCCUAACUGAUGACUGUGCUCAGGCCGAAUCAAUAGCGAAUUAACAUAUUUACGCUCCUAAAGUGGCAUAAAUACCAGUUACCAGAUAUGCGUCGAAGUAAAGUGGCAGAAGAAAAUUGUAAGAAAAAAAGACACGUUUUUUUCAUUGACUGACGGAUUAUCGCCAGCCAUCGUAAACAACAUAGCCAUAGAUAACUUUGAUAUGAUCAUGCAGGUUCAGGCAGGCAAGGUCAUGAUAAUCAGAACUGAGACAGCAACAAACUUAUUACGGACUAUAUGAAUGCAGCACGAGUUUACGACAAAAAACGCAACCAAAUCAUAAUAUACGAUUCCUCAGAAAGUAGCUGACUAUUUGCGCAAACCGCACAUCUCGCCUCGCCAAUUAUUUUAGGUGUUUGCCGUACUUACGUUCAACUCAAUUUUUUUUAGUCAGACGUUUGCCAUUAAACGUCCCGCGGCAUAUCGUAUAUGUGCCAUGUGAAUAGAAUGUACAUUUCGAAACAAACAUGGCGGUAUAUAGCUUGUUUGACGGGAUGAUUGACACCUCGGCGCGAUUUGUUAUCGCGUCGUAAUGGCCGUGUACACACAUUACGGUGUCUUGUCUGUAUCCGCUUUACUACUGCAUGUAAUCUCCAACAGAGUUUGCGGUAACCCAUUGUUUAAAACGAUUUUCCUUACUCGAGAUUCAAACACUUGGUCAACAAAUAAAAAAGAAACCCACUAAAUUCGUGCGGAAUACAUCGCAGUUAUCCACCAAUAGAAUAAAUAUACUCGUGAUAGAAUAUUUUUGGGGUCGCUCCUCUCUCCAUCACAUCCAGAAGCUAAAUAUAUAUAUAUAUAUAUAU